AUGGCCGAACUCGACACGCUGGACCUCGUGGUCCUAGCGGCCAUCCUCCUCGGAACGGUCGCCUACUUCACAAAGGGCAAACUAUGGGGCGUUACAAAGGAUCCUUAUGCAAGCUCCCUGGCGAAUGCCAGCGGCGCAAAGGCUGGCAAGACAAGAAACAUCGUGGAGAAGAUGGAGGAGCAGGGCAAGAACUGCAUCAUCUUCUAUGGCUCUCAAACCGGUACUGCUGAGGAUUACGCUUCGAGACUCGCCAAGGAGGGCAAGAGCCGUUUCGGCCUUGAGACCAUGGUUGCUGACCUUGAGGAAUACGACUUCGACAACCUUGAUACUAUCCCCGACGAUAAGGUGGUGUUCUUCGUGCUCGCCACCUAUGGUGAGGGUGAGCCUACUGAUAACGCCGUGGACUUCUACGAGUUCAUCACCAACGAGGACGUCAACUUCACUGAGGGCAACGAACCUGCGCUUGGCAACCUGAGCUAUGUCACCUUCGGUCUCGGAAACAACACCUAUGAGCACUACAACUCCAUGGUUCGCAAUGUGGACAAGGCGCUCCAGAAGCUGGGUGCCCACCGUAUUGGCGAUGCUGGCGAGGGUGACGAUGGCGCUGGUACCAUGGAAGAAGAUUUCUUGGCCUGGAAGGAACCCAUGUGGAAGGCUCUCGCUGAGAAGAUGGGCUUGGAGGAGCGCGAGGCCGUUUACGAGCCCGUCUUCAGCAUUGUUGAAAGGGAGAGCCUUACCAAGGAGUCUCCUGAAGUCUAUCUCGGUGAACCCAACAAGAUGCAUCUCGACGGAACCGCCAAGGGUCCCUUCAACGCCCACAACCCGUACAUUGCUCCCAUCGCCCAGUCCUAUGAGCUCUUCUCCGUUAAGGACCGCAACUGCCUCCACAUGGAUAUCGAUAUCAGCGCCUCUAACCUCAACUACCAGACUGGUGACCACAUCGCUGUUUGGCCUACGAACCCUGGUGAGGAGGUUGAUCGCUUCAUGAACGUCUUGGGUCUCUCCGAAAAGCGCCACACUGUUGUCAGCGUCAAGGCUGUCGAGCCCACCGCCAAGGUUCCCUUCCCGACUCCCACCACCUACGACACUAUCGUUCGCUACCACAUGGAAAUCUGCGCUCCCGUCUCUCGUCAGUUCCUCGCUCAGCUCGCUGCUUUUGCUCCCGAUGCGGAGGCUAAGGCCGAAAUGACCAAGCUCGGCGCCGAAAAGGAUUACUUCCAAGAGAAGAUCAGCGUGCACCAUCUCAACAUCGCCAGAGUUUUGGAUAUCGUCGGCAAGGGCCAGAAGUGGACCAACAUCCCCUUCUCUGCUUUCAUUGAGGGUGUCACCAAGCUUCAGCCCCGCUACUACUCCAUCUCGUCCUCGUCCCUUGAACAGCCCAAGAAGAUCUCCAUCACUGCCGUCGUCGAAAGUACCCAGCUUCCCGGUCGUGAUGACCCCUUCCGCGGUGUCGCUACCAACUACCUCCUCGCGCUCAAGCAGAAGCAGAACGGCGAUCCUGAACCCUGCCCCUUCGGUCUUUCCUACGAAAUCACUGGCCCCCGCAACAAGUACGACGGCAUCCACGUCCCUGUCCAUGUCCGCCACUCCAACUUCAAGCUUCCCUCGGAUCCCUCCAAGCCCAUCAUCUGCAUUGGUCCCGGUACCGGUGUUGCUCCCAUGCGUGGUUUCAUCCGCGAGCGCGUCCAGCAGGCCAAGAACGGCGAGAAGGUUGGCAAGACUCUGCUCUUCUUUGGCUGCCGCAAGUCUACCGAGGAUUUCAUGUACAAGAACGAAUGGGAGGAAGCCAAGGAAAUCCUCGGCGACAACUUCGAGCUCAUCACCGCCUUCUCCCGCGAGGGCCCCAAGAAGGUCUACGUCCAGCACCGUCUCAAGGAAAGAGCCGAGGAGAUCAACCAGCUUCUCGAGCAAAAGGCCUACUUCUACGUCUGCGGCGACGCCGCCAACAUGGCGCGCGAGGUCAACACCGUCCUCGGCCAGAUCAUUUCCGAGCAGAGAGGCGUUCCCGAGGCCAAGGCCGAGGAGAUUGUCAAGAACAUGAGGUCGUCGAACCAGUACCAGGAGGAUGUCUGGUCAUAA